CUGCCUCCGGGCAAAAUUGUGCCAGACCAUGUCGCCUGGAUCCGAGGAUUCGACUGGUCACAGACAGGUCUUGGAGCCAUGUCAUCAUGGAACGACCGUCUACGAAGAUCGGUGAACUUCCUGAUGGGAGACCCACGGGCGUCGGUUAUUAUGUGGGGUCCUCAAAGGACGAUGAUCUACAACGAGCACUACAAAUGCAUUCUCGAAAAGAAGCAUCCUUGUGCCAUGGGCAGAUCUCUGGGGGAGGUCUGGCCUGAAGUCCCGGUGCUCGCGGAUGCCAUUGCACGUGCCGACGAGACUGGCUGCUCAAGCCAGACAGACCGGGAGCUACAUUUUGUCGAGCGUCUUGGUUAUCUUGAGGAGGUCUAUGGCAGUUGGACUUUGGUUGCUGUCCUCUGCGGAGAGCAGAGUAUGUUUUACGCAACAAUAAUAGAGACGACAGAGCAAGUGGUUUAUGAACGACAGAAAGAUUCGCUAUUGCGUGUUGAGAAGGAAACAGCAGAUGCGAGAAGUGAGGCGGAAUAUUGGAGUGGCAUCGCCCGAGGGCUUGAAAGCAACAAUCAGGAUGCACCGUGGGCGGUGGUCUACUCCAGCAAGCCAGCUCGGUCAUCAUCUGGAGCAUGCACCGUCGCAUCUCAUGAUAUCGACUUUGCCUCACGCGAGUGGAAACUCGAAGCACGUCUUGGAAUCUUGGACGCUGCCACCCCUCUGACCAUUGACGCGGAGUGGUCGGCGGCACAUUUCACGCCAUCCUUCGAAGCAGGCAUGACCAGCGGCGAAGUGCAGCUCUUACGCCUCUCGGAUGGCACUUUCGCCCCACAUCUCCACAGCGUGUCUACCUCCCGCGCUUAUGGAGAUUGCUGCGAUUCUGCCGUCCUGAUACCCGUUGGCAGAUUGAAUACUGGAUACUUCUCUGGCUUCUUGAUCAUGGGUAUCAACAGCAGAAGAGCAUACGCUGAACCAUACCAGGCGUGGAUCAAGCUGCUACUCCAGCAGCUCUCGUCAUCUCUGAGUUCGUUGAAUGUCAUAGAAGAGGAGAAUCGCCGCAUACAGAGAGCUGCUGAGCAGGCUGCCCUCGACCGCACCCAGCUGACGGCGAAACUUGCUCUUACGGAACGAGAAGCACGAAACAACGAGUUGCGAUUCCGAACCAUCGCCGACCAUGUGCCUGUCGCCAUGUACGAGAUCAGUGUAGAGGGGGACAUUCUUUACGCCAACGACAGUUACUUCGAGCUCCUCGGCCUCGAUAGGAAUAAUCUACAUCCAUUCUGUUGGGUUGACACGAUCCACGAGUCUUCGAUGGAGACUUACGAGGCACAGUUUGAGAAGCUGACAGCUGGGGAGUCCGUGCAAUAUGAGGCCAUGAUGAAGAAACCCUUCAUUGCCAACGACGUCCUUCAUGGGAAGUGGAUUGAAGGAGAGACGUGGAUCCUGAUGGCAGGCUAUGCUGUAAGGAAUGCCGAUGGGUCGAUCAAGUCGAUACAAGGCGCUCUCAUCGACAUCUCUCGUCAGAAAUGGAUGGAGAGAUCUCAGGAGCGAAGAAUGCAAGAACUGGUUGAGCUUAAACGUCAGCAGGAGAGAUUCAUGGACAUGGUCGGCCAUGAAAUCCGGAAUCCGCCCUCGGCCAUCACCCUCUGUGCGGAGUCCAUUCUCGACAGUCUGGAAUCCGCUCUGGAGACUAGCAAUAGUGUCAUCACCAUCGACCGAGAAUCCAUCGAAAGCCACAUCGAAAACGCCGAAGUCAUCACGACCUGCAUCCAACACCAGCGUCGCAUUAUCGACGACGUCCUCACCCUGUCCAAGCUGGACUCUGGUCUGCUCGUUAUUGCACCCUGCGAAGUCCAACCCAGCCACCUCAUCGAACAAAGCCUGCGAAUGUUCACCGGCGAAUUUCAAGAGUCCGGUAUCAAUCUCCAGUACAACAUCGACCAGUCCUACUACGAUCUAGACAUUAACUGGGUCCUCCUCGACCCUUCCCGUCUGCUACAAAUCAACCUCAACCUCGUCACCAACGCAAUCAAAUUCACCCGCAACGAACCCACUCGCAACAUCACCGUCACCCUCGCCGCCUCCCGUACAAAACCAACCCACUCUCCCAACGGCACAACCUACCUCGAUGCCGCGAUGCCAGACAAAUCCACACCUCUCGCCAGUCCCGCGUUGACGUCCGCCGAGCUUACCGACAGCGUGUACCUCAUGAUUGCAGUUCACGAUUCCGGCAUCGGCAUCCCCGCCCAAGAGCUCUCCAACAUAUUCCUUCGCUUCCAGCAAUCCUCGCCCAAAACCCAUGUCCGCUACGGCGGUUCCGGACUCGGUCUCUUCAUCUCCCGCGAACUCGCCCGUCUUCAAGGCGGCAAAAUCGGCGUCGCGUCCGAACACGGCAAGGGCUCGGUAUUCGAAUUCUACGUCCGCACGAAACGUUGCGCGAAGCCGGAGGGCGGGAAGAUGUCCUUUGGCGGUCCCGGCGAUGCGGGAGAUGGGAGACGUACGAGUCUGAGGCGCAUGGUGAGUAAUUACGAAGGAAAAGGUGGGCGGCGGGCGGGUAGUCCUAAGAGGGAAGGAGGAGGGACUGGUGUGGGGCAGAGUGAACGGAAGAAGUUCCACGUUUUGCUGGUGGAAGACAAUUUGGUGAAUCAGAAGGUUAUGGCGAAGCAGCUGAUGAAGGCGGGACAUGUUGUUGCGUUGGCGAACCAUGGGAGGGAGGCGGUGGAGUAUGUUCAGCGGACGAAGUUUGCGAGUGGAGAUGGUGCUGGUGAGGAAUUGGAUGUUGUGUUGAUGGAUAUUGAGAUGCCGAUCAUGGACGGCCUCGAAGCGACUCGUCUCAUCCGCUCGAUGGAGUCCAGUGGUGCAUUGCACGGCACUGUGCCGGUUAUUGCUGUCACGGCCAAUGCGAGAGGAGAACAGCAGAUGACAGCUAGGGAGGCGGGAGUAAAUGCCAUCGUCACCAAACCUUUUCAGAUGGCUGAAUUGAUGCACGAAAUCCAUCGGGUCGCUGCGCGGUGCCGGUCAUCGAACGCAUAGACUAUUGUGCAACCAACACACGACAG